AUGCUGCAAAGCGGGACCGCGGCGUCCAGCCUGCAGAAGAUCUAUGAAGAGGGCUACUUGACAUGCUCGACCGCGGUCUACUAUGAAGGACAGGGAAACGAAGAGGAGGCUAUGCGGUGCUGGAAAGCUGCCGUCCAACAGAUCCAGCACCAGCAAGCCAACGGCAAUAUCCCUGAAUAUGCGGCGUUGACUGAAACAGAAAAGGCUCUGUCAGCCAGCUUGCGAGAGCUGGAAUACCAGGCCCAGGAACGGAUCGACUUGUUGGAAGCACUCAAGCAAUCGCGACGUGCCGACCCUUUUCAGGAUCCGCCCAGGUCUUACUCUAACAACUCUGUCAACGGCCAAAACGGCCACAACAGCUCCAGCAGCUACAACAAUUACAACAGCGGCUACAACGGGAACAGUGGCACGAGUAACAACAUUGGCUACGAUAGCUACGGCGGUUACAGUUCUUACGGCGAGGGUCCAAGCCAGACAUCCCCAUCAACCAACAGCGGCUAUAUCGGCGGCGGCACGAUUCCCGCUAUCACCUACAGCGAGCUGUCCCGGCCAGAGCUGUCCCGUCCUGCUCCUCCGGUGCCACCCCGGAUAUCGCCGUCUGGUUCUCGAACAACAGCAUAUGAUUCGGGAAGAGCAGUGACGGGAACACCUAUCCCAUCCUUGCAGGACGCCGGCGGCAGCAGCAGCAGCAGCAACGGCACACAGCCGCCAAUUGACUCACUUACAACUACGAACGCCAAUCACGACGUGGAGUCCUCUAAUACUAGCAGACAACCGCUAUCAAAACGCUCAUCCCGGUCACCAAACAAAGACAGACAACAUACCUUGCGGCCGACCCUUCGGUCUACGCCGAGUGACACGCCGGUGAAGAGCUCUCGUACGUCACGAAUGGGCAGGUCAGCACCAAAACAAACGGCGGAGAGGCAGGGUGCUAGCAAGGCUGCUACCCUAGCCUGGAGUGCACUGGGACUUUCGUCGUACGGAAAAUCCGAAAGCCCCCGAAAAUCGUCUUCAUCCACUGCCGACAUUUCGACAUCUAAGGCACAAUCCAUGCCGUCCUCAUCCUUGCAAAUGCCUAGCCGCAAACCCGUACGCGAAUCCUCACCUAGCUUGAAGCCGGCACUACAGUGGGACAGCAAUUCCAGACGCCUUGUUCCUCAACGUUCUAUCCCCGAGCCCGCAGAUGCGUCGCCUAACCACAGCAGCGCCGACCUUAUUUCAUUAUCCGGCGACAACCGCCGGUCCGGAGAGUACGCCGGCUCGGCUAAACCACAGUCCCUCUCCUUGAACGCCGCGGCUAGUGCCUUGGGCCGGUCAAUGCAGGUAACUGCCGACAGCGGUCGACCUGGCCGGCUGAACCGGUCUACGUCCAACCAACGUCCUUCUGUUGCAAGUGCGGCGUCCUCCAGCUUGGAGCGAGAAAACGAUCUGUCUGCAAGACCCAGGUCGACAGGCCACACGCGCCUUCCAGGUUCCACUGGCACGACGAACCACUCAGCAUUAGGGAACAGAAUCGAAAUCAGACGAAACGUACACUCGAGCUACGCUGCAAGUACGGCUGCAUCUUCAUCAUCGCCGUCAUUAGACAGAAGCGCGGCAGCAACCUCUGCACCGUCAAUUUCGUCUCGAAUGCCCGCAACAAGGAAGGAUAAGGCGCCCGCAAGACAAGCGCAGGAAGUCUCCCACCUCCUGGCCGAUGUACAGCUUGAACCAUCGUCAAGCGAUGAUUCGGAUAAGCUGGACGGGAACGACAGCAAGGGCAGUGAAGAGGACUGGGCAAAAUUGCCAUGGAAGAAGCGCAAACUGGCCAUCCUGAAGAGUCUCCCGUCUGGUGUCGAUGACGAAGCCGCCAAGCAAAUUCUCAAUGAAAUCGUUGUGCAAGGAGACGUUGUCCAUUGGAGCGACAUUGCGGGACUAGAGCCAGCGAAAAAGGCACUGCGAGAAGUCGUCGUGUACCCCUUCCUGCGUCCAGAUCUGUUCAUGGGGCUUCGCGAACCAGCCACUGGCAUGCUUCUUUUUGGACCCCCUGGUACUGGUAAAACUAUGCUGGCACGUGCUGUAGCUACCGAAUCGCGCUCCACGUUUUUCUCUAUCUCGGCAAGCAGUCUUACGAGCAAGUACCUAGGCGAGUCGGAGAAGUUAGUUCGCGCUCUAUUUUCCUUGGCCAAGAUGUUAGCACCGAGUAUCAUCUUUGUCGACGAGAUUGACAGCAUUCUCUCUCAACGAUCUGGCUCCGGGGAGCACGAGGCUACACGGCGCAUUAAGACCGAGUUCUUAAUCCAAUGGAGCGACCUCCAGCGUGCCGCGGCCGGACGUGAAGACAAGGAUGCAUCUGACAAAGAUAGCCGCAAGGGAGACGCCAGCCGCGUCCUCGUUCUGGCGGCCACCAACUUACCGUGGGCCAUUGACGAAGCAGCCCGGCGGCGCUUUGUGCGGCGCCAGUACAUUCCGCUCCCCGAGACCGAGACAAGAGCGGUCCAGCUUCGUACACUUCUGGGUCAACAAAAGCACAGCUUGACGGAACCGGACAUCCAACGACUUGUGGAGCUGACAGACGGUUUCUCGGGUUCGGAUAUCACGGCGUUGGCCAAGGAUGCCGCCAUGGGUCCCCUACGCUCUCUUGGUGAUGCGCUUUUGAUGACAAAAAUGGAUGAGAUUCGGGGUAUGGAAAUAUCCGACUUUGAAUCAAGCCUGGUGACCAUCCGUCCAAGUGUGAGCAAGUCGGGCCUCAAGGAAUACGAGGACUGGGCGCGUGAGUACGGUGAGCGUGGUGGCUGA